AUGCUGGCUGCUGCUGCUGCUAUUGGACCUCACUCCUCUCCCACCUCGUGCAGCAUAGUCCAGCGCAGGCGGCGCUGGCUACACAGACACAGAGCCAACUCCAACAGAGACCCAGCCAUAGCCACAGCAAACCAGAAGCAGGCCUCAGGAGCCUCUGAGUCAGCUGCAGCAGUAACUGCUCUUGGAGUUCAGCCCACAGCCAGUGGGGGAGAGGUUGGGGACGGGCCUGGCAGGGCUGGGGACGGGGGAGCAGCCUCAGCAGAGUCAACAGGGAAGCAAGGCCUAGCGGAGGCAGUGGUGGAGCUGGCUCCCCAGAGCAGGCAUUGGGGCCCCUUUAUAACAGCAGGGUCAAAGCCAUACACAAGUUGCUAUCUUUCUUCACUUAGCGCCCUCUGCCUGUUGAGACACAGCAGCUGUGAUCAUGGGAACAUCUUUGGAAACCUGCUGAAAAGCCUGAUUGGGAAAAAGGAGAUGCUCAUUUCGAUGGUGGGGUUGGAUGCUGCUGGGAAGACUACCAUCCUAUACAAGCUGAAGUUGGGGGAGAUUGUUACCACUAUUCCUACCAUAGGUUUCAAUGUGGAAACUGUUGAAUACAAGAAUAUCAGCUUCACAGUUUGGGAUGUGGGUGGCCAGGACAAGAUUCUUCCCCUCUGGAGACACUGCUUCCAGAACACCCAAAGUUUGAUAUUUGUGGUUAAUAGCAAUGAUUGGGAAAGAAUGAAUGAGACAAGAGAAGAGCUGAUGAGGAUGCUAGCUAAAGAUGAGCUCUGGGAUGUUGUGCUACUUGUUUUUGCAAACAAACAGGAUCUGUUUAAUGCCAUGAAAGAAGCUGAGAUAACUGAUAAACUGGGCCUGCACUCUGUGAGUCACUGUAAUUGGUACAUCCAGGCCACCUGUGCCACCAGUAGGGAUGGGCUGUAUGAAGGCCUGGACUGGCUGGCGAACCAGCUCAAGAACAAGAAGUGA